AUGCUUAAAUUUAUAUUAUUAUUUUUAAUUAUAUUUGUUUUUAAUUUUUCUACUAGUAGUGAGGAAACCUGUGAAGUUUUUAUAAAUACCCAAACUUCAACAUAUCAACAUUAUGAUUGUGGUUUUAAUAAUUUCCCAAAUUGUAAAUCAAUCCAAGAUGGUAUUUUAAGUUUAAAUUAUUUAAUUAAAAACAAUAGCUGCAUUUUUGCCACAUUAAAUUUAAUGGGUGGUAUUUAUAGCGGAAAGGAAAAUAACUUGGUUGGUAAUUAUACACAGCUCAAUUUAAGUGGUCUUCAAUAUUUUCAAAUUAUGGGUGAAAUUGAUGUACCAACUAUUAUUGAUGGUACAGGUGUUAAUACCACAUUCUUUGGUUUAUCAGAUUACAAUUUAGAAAUAGAUAUCAUCAUUAAUUAUUUAACAUUUAAAAAUUGGAAAGGUGGUUUCAAUAUGUUUAAUGUUCAAGUUCCAGUUAGCAGCAAUUUAAAUCACUAUAACCUCUUUAUUUUAAAUUCAGCCUUUACAAAUAUUGAAACAUCAUCUAUUGUAGUUGGCAGUGCAAACUCUAACCUCGUUAUAGAAUUUGGAAAUUCAAACUUUACCAAUAUUUAUACAACUAUUAAUCCAAUUAUGACAUUAAAUUCAAAUAUUGCUUUUUAUAGAUCAAAUAUUUUUGAAGUUGAUGUAGCUAUGCCAUUUUUUGAUAUUUUAAAUGGAACUUUAAAAUUUAAUACCAGCUCUAUUAAAAUUGGUCACCCUCUAUCUGGUGAAAAUGCAACUAUCCAAUUUUUCGAUACACCAACCGAUAAAACAGCACUAUGCCAUUGCGAAAACUGUACUUUUGAAUCCUCAAAUGGAAACGCCCCAUUGGAAAUAUUUGAUGUUAAAUGCCCACACAAAACAAAAGAAUUUUGGAUUAUUUUAAUUUUAUCAAUUGUAGGUGGUUUUGCUUUUAUUUGUUUUAUCCUUUUCUUGGUAAAUAAAAAACUUGGUGUAAUUGAUAUUAAUAAUAAAAAGAAAAGAACCAAGUUAAAGAGAUCAUAUUUUGAUGACGACGAACAAUCAUCAACUCUUUUAAAUGAUAGUUAUUUAUAA